AUGCUCUCAGAUUCUUCUUCAUCAUUCUUGUCUUUUGGUUCCACUGAAUUAGCUCGAUUUUCUGGCGACGAUGACACCAAGAUUCGCGCUGUUCAUCCUCAACGAGCGAACUCCGUUUCAACUCAGAAAAUGGCUUCAGCAGCUCCCGCAAGAGGAAGUGCAGCAGCUACGGCUAGCAUGAGGAGAAGGAAGGCACCGGGUGGUGGGGCUUCUGGAGGAGCUGCGGGGACUAUGCUUCAAUUUUACACUGAUGAUGCCCCUGGACUCAAGAUCUCCCCAAAUGUGGUUCUUGUUAUGAGCAUUGGGUUUAUAGCAUUUGUUGCUAUCCUUCACGUGAUUGGCAAGUUGUAUUUGCGUAAGGAGGCUUAG